ACACGGUUUUUUACCGGCAAGACGUGAGAUAAUACAUAGUAAUCAAGUUUAUGUUUUGUUGUUCAACACUCUCGGCGGAAUAAAUGAAUCCGAUGACUGGGCCGAUCGAAUGUCAAGUAUGAAAGCAUUUAUCAAGAAUGAAAGAGUUGGAAUUGACAUGCGUGGAGUGAUAAAAGGCUGUUAUAAAAACUAUGGCGAGAAUAAUCAACGGAAGAAGAUUCAUGGCGGGCACUCGGGAGAGUGA